AUGAACAAGGUGGACAAGAUUCUAGACCAGUUCACAGACCCCUUGACUGGGUCAGUGCAUGGCGCCGUUUUCAUCGCAAUUGACAGUUCAGGGAAUGUCCUCUAUCGUCGUGCUGCCGGCAAAGCGAACCUUGAUGAUGAAAGGGCACCUGCUUUGCAGAUCGAUUCUCUGUACUGGAUUGCUUCCAUGACAAAGCUGGUGACCGCAGUGGCUGUGAUGCAACUUGUGGAGCGAGGCAUUGUAUCACUUGAAGAUGAUGUCCGGGCAAUAGUCCCCGAGCUCCGCGAUAUACAAAUUCUAGAAGAUAUGAGGAACGGUGUAAGUCUCAUGUGUCAUACAGCCGGCUUCGUGUAUGACAGCUCAUCGCCACUGCUGCAACAGUGGUCUAAAUCCCAGGGUCGAACAGCAUACACAUUUUGUGGCAGCAUGGCUGGCUACCAUCACCCGCUACUUUUCGAGCCCGACACCUCUUGGGGAUAUGGGGCUGGCUUAGAUUGGGCUGGUCGAGUGAUGGAAUGCGUGACAAAUUCUACUCUGGAGGAUUAUAUGCGGACGCAUAUCUGGUCUAAGCUUGGCGUCGUGUCAACAACCUUCCACCCAGAACUGUACCGCGAGACGCUUCCACCACAAAUGGGAAUGGGAUAUCGCGUGAGCGUCGGCCAGGGUGUCAAGUCUCUGAAGUCAGGCCCUGUCAUCCUCAAACAGCCAGCGCAGCAUGAUCUUGGGGGUAUAGGGCUCUUCAGCACGCCGAUGGAUUUUGUCAAGUUACUAUCGGCGCUUCUGGGUGGUGGACACCCACUGCUCACUCGAGAGAGUGUCGAUAUUCUACUGCAGCCACAGCUCAAUGAUGCAUCUCGUGAAGCAAUGCCGAGACCUCUUGGAGCUCAGAUGAGACGGGUGUUGGCAAUCCAAGACGUUGGCGACACCCAACAGGCGGAUCAUUCUCUUGCUGGGACAAUCGUCUUGAAGGAUAUUGCUGGUCGGAGGCGAGCUGGUACGGUCAACUGGAGUGGGCUACCGAAUUUGCACUGGUGGAUCGAUCGGCAAACAGGUAUCGCAGCUACGUUAUUCACGCAGGUCAUGCCACCGGGAGAUGCCGCUGCCACUAGCCUUCUUAUUAAUUUGGAAGAGAGUCUUUAUGCAGCGUUGGACGAGGGUGCUGCCCGUAUGGAUGUUUCUGUGAAACUAUAG